AUGAAAAAAGGACCAAAAUUUAUUAAAUACGUAGUAAAUAGUGGAGAUAGAGGAAAAGCAAAAAAUUGUUAAAUCUGUAAUCAGUCUUUUUCUGCACUUUCUGCUAAAGAGCAUCAAUGUAAAAGGUAAAAUAAGUUAACAUAUGCUUAUUCAGAUGUAAGAGGGCAGUGUGUGAAAAAUGUUCUCCACACAAAGCUUUCACAAUAAUUGAUGGUGUUCCAUCUAAGGCUGCUCAUAGAUAAUGCAAUGUUUGCAAAGAAGAAAGCGAAUCUUUAAAAAAGUUUAUACAUCAAUACAAAAUUGUAUUCAUGGAAGAUACAUUUUCAAAGGAAUGGUUGAAAUCUUUUGGGAGUAGUGUUGAGCAAGCAAAUUUAGUAUUAAAUAUCUAAUUUUCAGGAUUUUGAUUAAUCGUAAAGAGAAGAAAGCAAUUUAAGAAAUAAAGAAGAGAGUGUGAAAAUGAAGAAUGAGCUUCCAUAAGUAUUUUAGGAGAUUGUCCACUAUAAAAAUUAUUCAUUAUCAGAAUUUUUUUAUUUGGUGAUAAAGGAUUUUGAUAUUACUUUAAUUUUAGAUUCAAUUAAUAGAGUACUUGGAACAUUUUUGAAAAUUUAUCCAGAAGUAGGUUAUGCUCCUGAUUAAGUCUUCACAACUUUAUUUCUGUUAUGUUUUUGCAGUGAAGCAUCUGCAUAUUAAAUUUUAGUCUUUAUGUAUUCCCUAAUUAUUCCACAUUAUACAUAUCCCUUAAGUUUGAGAAAGGAGAAAUGCGAAUUCUUUACAGAAAUAGAUAAGACAAUGUAAGUCUUAACCUAGGCAUAUAAAAUCAGCUCAUAAGAUUCCCCUUAUGUUAAAACAUUUUUAAGAUAUAGAUUGGCUCGUUAUAUAUAAUCUUUUACGAUAAAUUUCUUUGUAUUUGAAACUACGUUUUUUAUUAUAAACUAACUUUUUUUGCAACCAUAAACUGGUUAUGAUGAUUUAACUAAAUAUUUAGCAACUGCUUACAAUGGGUAGAUAUAGAUAUUUCGGUAGUAAUCUUAAGAUGAUAUUGAAUUGAUUUUAUUAAGAAAUGUUCGUUCCGCUAAAAUUUAAGAUGGAUAUUUCUUGACUAAGCAAGUUGAUUUCUCUAAGAUUAUUCCAGCUGUUUAAAAAUCUAAUAGUAAUAUUUCAAUUAGACAACCAUCAUUUUUAUAAGAUAGUGACUAAGGGACAGGUAUAAAACAAUAAGAUUAAAUAAUUAUUUUGAAAAGUGAAAUCGAAAGGUUAUAAAAAAUUAUUUAAGAAUAGCAAAGCAAAAUAGAAAAAUAAAAAUUAGAGAUAGAGAACUUAGAAUUGAAAUUAUCCUAAACUUAAUAAGUUAUAUCCUUAUAUAAGACCCCAGGAAAGGAUAUCAAUAUAGAUUAAUAUAUUUCUUAAUAAGAUGAGGAAUUGCAAAAUCUCAGAAGAGUUACAUAAUAACAAAAGUAAAACAAUUUUGAUUUAGAAAAAUAAUAAUUGUAGGCGUAUAUAAAAAAAUUAGAAUCCUAAGUUUUUAUUGAGUAUAAAGCAAAUAUUCAAUUAAAGGAAUAAUUAGAAUAGUAAUCAUUAUCAAAAAGUCAUGCAUCUACUGCUAGUUAAGAUUAAUAUGAAUAUGAGAUUUUGGAGAAAAAUUUCUAAAAGUACAAAAGAAAAUAUGAAAAAUUAAAAGCAAAAUAAUCAAGUAUGGAUUAAAAUUAAUAAAGAUCAAAAAAAGAUGAAAUUUUAAUAGCUGAAUUAGAAGGUAAAUUGUAAUUAAAAGAAAAAUAAAUUUCAGAAUUAGAAUUAAAGUUGAAUAAAAACAAAUUUGAUACAACAGCUAAAAUAGUUGAAUUAGAAAGUACAAUAGAACAAUUAGAAAAAUAAAAUAAAUUAUACAAAAAAUCAAUUUAAGAUAUUGAAAAUAGAUAGUCUAGUUUAUAUAAGUAAGAUAAUAGUUUGGUUCAAUAACUCUAGAGAUAAAUCACAGAUUCAUAAAAUGAAUCAAAUUUUUAAUUGAGACAAGUUUAAGAAAGAUUUAAUCAAUAAAUAUAAUCUCUUUAAUAAUAAUUAUAAAAGGAAUAAAAGGCUAAAUUUUUAGCUGAAUCAUAACUAAAAGAUUUAACAAUUAAACUAGAAAUUUAAGAAAAAUAAUCAAAAUAAGUUACUACAUAAAUGCAAAAUAAUUAUCAAGAUAUUAGUAAUGGUACAGAGAAUUAGAAAGAAAUUUAGUAGCUCUAAUCAUAAUUAAAAGAAUAAGAAGAAAAAUAUUAAUAAUUAAAAUAAAAACAUUAUGCCCAUUUAUAAAUGAUGAUUCAAGUAGAAAAAGAUAAAUUAAUAAAUCCAGAAAUCUAACUAAGUCUAAUUAAUAAUUAAGAAAAAGAAAUAACUACUUUAUAAGAAAAACUUGAGAAAAAGAAGAUAAAAAUCAAAUAGUUAAAAUAAAAAGAAAAAGCUUGGAUGAAAAUUAAUUAGGAUAAUGUUGUAAAAAUUAAUUAAACAACUGAUAGCAAGCAAAUUGGAGAAUUAUUAACUAAAACAAUUAUUUUAUUGAAUUUAGAUAGUAAAGUUUCAACUAAUCAUAUAAAUGAUUAAGCAAUUUCUAUAAUAGUUGAAAAAAUUAGUCAUUUAAUAGAGAUUUAAACAGCUUUUUCUGAAGAGUUCUCAAAUAUUUUUGAGGAUGGUCAAUUUGUAUAAAAACUGAAUGAAUUAAUGGAUUAAGUGGAAGACUCAUUUGUAUUUGAUUACAAUUCUUUAAAAUCAUUAAUUGAAAAGGUGAAUAGUGUUUUUUCAAGAAUUAAUUCAACUAAGCAAAAAAUACUAUAAAUAUUUAAAUAGACUUUUGAUUAAAAUGACUUGAACUAAAACCCAAAUUUAGACAUUGUAAUUUUAUAAUUAUAAUAAAAACUCUAAUAAUUUUAAAUUGACAAAGAAGAAUUAGAAUCAAGGAUUUAAUAAUUAUAAUUAUCUAAAAAUAAAUACUAAUAGGUUUAAGAAGAAUCUAAAAGAGAAAAAAAAAUUUUAUAAGGAGUUAGAGAUAUAAUUAUUGAUUUACCAAUAUUUUCUCCUUCUGAAGUGUUUUCAUUUUCUGAAUAGAAGUUUAAAAAUAAAUAAAUUGAUUAAGAAGAUGCUAAAUUGAUUCUUGAAGUAAGAAAUCAAUAAAUUACAACAUUGAAAUUAAUUUUAACUGAAAAAUAAACAUAAUUAGAGACUCUUAAUAAUGGUAUGAUUCAGUUAAAAGAUUUGAUGAGCAAUUAUUUUGUACAAAUUAUGAAAUGA